AGAGGAAAGUAGCUCUUUGGUAAAUCGGCUUAUCCCUGUAACGAACCGAUAUCCGGAAAACAGCAUCUUCUUUGCAUCCGAAACGUGAUAUUGUAGUUAACGGGAGCAAUUUAUAUGUGUGUUGGUGCAAACCUAAAUAAUACUAUUGCCUUAUACUGCAUCAGCAGUGGUGGUCUAGAUAUACACUGGAUCAAUCCGUCUGUGAGGAGUAUAAGCGAUCAAUUUAGUAUUUUAAAUCCAAAUUAUAUGGACAGUAGGUACUUCGCCAACAUUUUCCAGACAGAAGGCAUCCAAGUUAGUAAUCUGCAUGUACGGGACCACUUCCAUGAACGUUUAAUAUUUCUCACUGAACCUAUCUAAGCUUGGAUUAACACACAUUGCUUGCUUUACAGUUCACUGCUUCAACUUUUUGAACUUGCACAGGACUAUUUACUCUCGACUAGGGAACACAUUUGUAUUCCUGAUCUUCAAUUACAUUUCAAGUUACCAUACACAUGAUAUGUAGAUCAAGAUUUAUAGCUUGUGUUUGUAUGAGUGAUUGCUGUAGAAGUCGAGCUAUAAUGCCCAACACUGGAAAUUACCAUUUGAGUAGCUGUAAAUGAGUUUUUGUAAGUAUAAAAACAUUUGUUUGGACUUUAACCUUUGACAUUCAAGAUAUUAAGAUUUAGCAAGCACUUUGCCACUAUAGCAAACAGGAGAAACUCUUCUGAUUGGAUCACAAGCUUGAAAUUGUAAUCUGGGUUUUGGACUGUCUUUGUGAUAAAAGAAAACAUUCAAGAUGUCUAAAGAUGAACGGGCCAAGGAAAUCCUUAAGGGAUUCAAACUAAACUGGAUGAAUCUCAGAGACGCAGAGACUGGUAAAGUUUUGUGGCAGGGAACAGAAGAUUUGUCUGUGCCGGGUGUAGAACAUGAAGCUCGUGUACCAAAGAAAAUCUUGAAGUGCAAGGCUGUGUCUCGAGAACUAAACUUCUCAUCUGCUGAACAAAUGGAGAAAUUUCGUCUGGAGCAGAAAGUGUACUUUAAAGGGCAGUGUUUAGAAGAAUGGUUCUUUGAGUUUGGCUUUGUGAUCCCCAAUUCCAUGAACACCUGGCAGUCAUUGAUAGAGGCUGCCCCAGAAUCCCAGAUGAUGCCUGCAAAUGUUUUAACAGGUAAUGUCGUCAUAGAAACCAAGUUUUUUGAUGAUGAUCUCCUUGUUAGUACAUCAAGGGUCAGGCUCUUCUAUGUUUAAAAAAGGAUUUUCUCUGCUUCAUUGAUUCCACCUACUUUUUUGAUGGUGUGGUUUUUUUCCAAUUUUUUUAAUUUUUUCCUCUUUUGUCCUGUUGGAAAGAUACUUUCUUGGGUGCUAAGGAUGUAUUUGUAUUGGAAUAAAAUAUCCACAAAAUCCCCAGAUAUGGAGAAGAUAGCAGCACCUGCAAUAAACUACAGAUCACUGUGGCCUCUGUGACAUACUGCCCCUCAUCUAACGCAGAAGACUAUUUUGUUAUACAUCAUUUUAUAUCAUCCUGAAAACUUACAGAACGGAGUCAUUUAACCCAUCUUGAGUGCAACAUAAGACUUGUUUGAUUUUCUAUUCAAGACCCCUACAUUGCUCUGAGCGACAGAUUCAGCAGGCAAGAAUCAGAUAUUUAUAUUUUUCCAUGUGCAGCACUGUUUCCUCUGAGCAUGGUUAUAGUGAUUGCAAGUGCACAAGUGACACAGCACAUAUCAAACUUUGUACCUGGCCUGCAAUCUGUAAUCCCUGGCCCUAAAUUACAGCUGUGAUCCAAGAUGUGAAAAUGCAAGAUAUUGCACGUAGUUCUAUGAAGACACUAUUAAAUCCCAAACAAAUUAUUUUUUCUUCAUUCUAAUGCAGCUGGUCACUCCUUCUCUUGUGUAAACUUCAGUCUACUGAAAUUGCUAUAACACAGCGGGUAUUUGCAUUUUUUUACGUUUGGGGUAAAAUCUAAGCAUUGCAAUUGCAGAAAUCAUCAAAUUGAAACCCAUCAAAAUAUUAUUUAUAUUAGAAGAUUUUACUUGACAGAAAAUUUCAAAAUCCAUGUUAAAAAAACAUUAUGGCUUAUCUGUAAAUGAUUCAUAUACACCUUUUUAUAUAGGGUCUAUGUACAGAAUGUGCGUAUGGCAUAAGAUGAAAUUUCAUUAAAAACUUCUAUGUUAUUGACUUGUUCCCUGAUACUUACAACUUUCAGUUGCCCAUAAGCAACCUGUGGCAGCGCACUCAUAAUCUUUUAUGUAAAAAAGAUAACAAAAGUAGCGAGGGCUUCACAGGUUGUAAAACCCCUGUAAAUUGAUUCAGACAAAACAUUGUAAAUUGCAAAACAUUUAAAGGGACAUGUUACUCAUAUGUUAAAUCUUGUGAAAGUGAUACAGCAUAUCUAAAAAGCUAAUGUUCAAACAGAACUGUAAAAACAAAGAUACAUUAUAUAAUAUGGCUACAAAGUACUCCUCUUGUGUAAGAUCAAUGCCUUCCUCGGUCUCUCCCAGUACCACAGAAAUACAGAACUUCAAGAUAGACAGCGCAGAUCCAUCAGGGAUAGAUUCCAAAAACUACAAAUAAAAUACUCACAGGGAGUCAGGUGUCAAUGGUUUGAAGGUUUAUUCCACAUAUGUAUAACACAUCAAGUUUUAUUCCUUGAUAUAUUAAAACAGCUUGUAAAAAAAGCUCUAUUGAUUAAAAAAAAGGGUUAAUAAAACUUGCCUGAUGAGUUUCAGCAGCUAUGCUGCCUUUUUCAAGAGCAAAUAAAAGCAAAACAAUCAAAAGAGCUAUAACACUUUGCACAGAGGACUCUAUAUUUAUAUUUGAAAGUUUCUUCUGACUAGAAAUAUCACACAAACAUCUCUGUGUAAAAAAUGAAGAUAUUUUACCUCAAAAUUUCUUCAGCUCACCAGAGUAAGUGCUCACACCUCUCUUUACAGUGAGAGUUUGGGAUUUCACCAUAAUAUUGAGAGAUUUCAGGGUAAACUUCCUUAAACUGAGGAGGUAAAUCAAGUGACUGAGCCUGCACAUUCAAGAGAGAGUGUAUCUGGUAAGUCCUGGGGCAAGUAUCCUACUUGGAUGCUUAAAGUCCCUUUUACACCAGGAUGUGGCUACUGAGUAAACUUUGUGGUAAAAUAGUUUUUUGUUUUUUUUCUUAAUUUGAUUUUUGUCAGCUUUUUACAGAUAUGCUGCAUCACUUUGAAGUGUUUUUUUGCAUAUGGGUGACGUCUUUAACACAGAAAUAUAAAUGUUCGGCAAUUAAAGGGACAUUAAACACUUUGAGAUUGUCAUAUAAAAUGUUUUAUUAUAUGUAUGUGUGUGUGUAUAUAUAUAUAUAUAUAUAUAUAUAUAUAUAUAUAUAUAUAUAUAUAUAUAUAUAUAUAUUAUAUACACAUUUUACAUAAAAAUGCCCCACAUUCCUAAUAGUGAUAACAUUUUGGUAAUUUAACGUUCUUUUAUAAUUUACAAGAAAUAUCUGAUAUGCGAUAUUUUGGUUACUUUUUAGUUCUCCAGUGCAGCACACAUGUGCCAGGCUACCACAGGAACAUUCGUUAUGAAUUUAUUUCAUUCUCUUUGUUCCUCGGUUGAAUGUAAAAUGAUAACAGCCUGUUGCACACUUUUUAGUUCUGAUUAGUUGGUUGCUGAAACAUUUAGCUUAUUAAAGGGACGAGAGCAUCAAAAAUGAAUUCCUUUCUGUUAAUAUUUUUGUCAUCAGAGAUGCACUUAUAUUUCUGCAAAUAUUUAAACCUAAAGAAAUAAAGGUAUUCAGUGUACCCCACAGCUGGCUUAUCUACCGAUACAAGGGCAGAAUUGGGGACGUUUAUUUUUGUUUUUAAUAUUUGUUCGAUCAAAAUGUUUUUGAGGGACCAGAUAGUCAUAAAAUGUUAUCAUAGACCUGUUUUGUGUUUGUUGUUCUUUACAAAUGUAGAACAAAUCAAAUACAUAAAAUAUAUUUAAGGAGGAAUUUCUCACUUGUAGCAGAUUUGUCGUAUCCUUUUUAGGCACAGCAAUAUGUAGUAUGUAAACCCCUUUCCUGUAUUAUUAUUAAUAUAUACUGUAUGUAUGUAUAUAUAUAUAUAUAUAUAUAUAAUUAUUCCAGUUCAAUUAAUCAGAUAUAAAAAAAUGACUAUUUAGGACACAAUAUAUAUAAUUAUACCAUUUUGUUUUAUUUAUUUUAUGUUUUAUUUAAAAAAAAAAUAGGAUUUCGGUAAAAAUAGAACAACUUUUUCAGACUCCAUCUUCUUUGCUAUUGUGAGUGGAGUCCCUGAACAUGCAUUAAUAAUACCAAAUAAUUCUACUUGAUACCACAAUGUUUCUUAAUUUACACAUAUACUUCCUUAGGAUGUUGUUUCCUUGUUCCUAUUCUGAAACAGCUCCGCAUUGUAAUACCUGUAAAAUAGUUAUCCUGUCUUAUAACCUACUUAAUAAAAUCAGUUUAAAAUUA